CGGGACUUUGGGCUUCCCACCCGAUGAGCAGGCGGGACACGAGGUCAAAAGCGGGACGUCUGGUCACCUUGUAGCUGCUUAAAUUAAUUGUGUCGUUAUAGUGAUCGGUGAUCAAUUUGACUUUUAGGCCUCGAACGAUAUUCAGCUUUCAAUGUUGGGACGAUAUAUAUAGACAUAGCUGGGACAAUUUGACUCAAGCUGCGGGUGAUAACUGGGGCUAUAUGAUCUUGUGGCAAAAUAACCACCCCCAGGCCCCAUCUGGCGAUGACGUCAUAUCCCGCUUCUGUCAUCGGGCGUUGGGAGGGCAAAGUACGAUGUAUUUUCUUUGGCUGCUACCCGUUACAGAGCUAUCUAAUUGCAAUGUUUAAAUGCUUUAAUAAUACCUUGAAAGUCUAAUCUAGUUAGUUUGACUUAGCACAAUUAUUGUUUUAUCGUAUUCCCGAUGUAUUAAGCAUUUAAGGAAAAGUAUUAUACUUCAUUCUCUUCGGGGAUGUUGGGGUAGUAGGUCUGCUAGCUUCGCGACAUCCUAUACAACACGCUACCGGAAAGGGCAAGGGAGAUAAGUUGCGUCGCUUGGCAACGACAUCAUUGGUAUUACAUGGUUGAUUCUUUGCGUCGAAGCUGAAUUUUUUGUGUUUGCUUUCCCCUACUUUUUUUGAGGCAACUGUCAAGCCGAUAUCAACAACGAUGACUGUUAACCUAGAGGACUACUUCCGGACUACCUUUGAGGACAAACUUCUCGUGAAGAUGCCAGAUCGAGAAGAUGAUCAUCUGACCCCAGCAACAAGGCUUUUGGAGAAGCGAAGAGAGAUGGCUGAAGUCGAGCAGGCACUUGCUGCUCAGAAAGAGGAGUUCCAGAUGAAGAUGGAGAGCCUACAGCAGAGGAGGGAAGAACUGGAGAGAAAAGAGUACCAACUGAAGGAAUCUUUACUAAAAUUUGACAAAUUUUUGAAGGAAAAUGAUUCGAAACGUGCACGAGCUGUAAAGAAAGCAAACGAUGAAAGAGAAUUGAAAAGACAGAAGGACAAAGAAAUAGACAGAUUAGAGGAAGAGUAUAAGGCUUUGACCAAUCAGAAGAAUAAGCUGCAAAAAAAGCUAGAAAACUACACUGGGUUUCAUCUAUACAUGGAGAAAGUUCUAGAAGCAGGUGAAGAAUUUCAUGAACUUCGUGACAUCAUUGCCCGCUGGGACACACUCACAGCUACACAUCAGGAUCUUUUAGAGAGGGAUCAAGAAAAUCAGGAAGUUAUUGAAAAGCAACGACAGAAUCUGAUGAGAUACAUGGAAGAAAAAGAUAAUGAAAUUCUUGGCUACAACAACAAGCUGUCUGGCCUACAGACACAGUUGGACGCUGCACAGAGUGAGUCUGUCAAAUGGGAAUCAAUGUGGAACCAUAUCAAGAAUACAGCUGCAAAGAAAACAUUGGUUCUUGGACGAAUAAAAAUGUCAACCCACAACUUGUACCAGCUGGUUAAGAAACAUCAGAAGCAAGCAGAAGCUGCAGAAGAAACAAUUGAACAGCUUACACAGAUCCAGACCUUUGUGCAAGACCUGGCACAAAUCACAACAGAAAUCAAGAAAAUGGAACUGACAGGAACAUCUAUAGUGCCUCCAUCAUCAAGCUGAUGGCAGAUUUUUCAAAUAAAGAUCUGUUUCAACAUAUAUAUAUAUAAUUCGUCUGGUUUGAGAAUAACUUUUAUGCGGCUCAUAUUUUUCCUAUUUUGAGGUAACUUUCCUUUAGUAUUGUUAUUAAACUUUUCGCAAAAUUGCUACCAGUUGUUUUUUCCCAACUAAAAAGAAUCAAUAAAGACACAAAGUCAAAACGCAUAUGCAUUGAUUCGUCAAA